AUGGAUUUUAAUCGUCAGAACACAAAGAAGUUACCUGAGCAGAUAAGAUGGAGCGCAGAUGAAGCUGGAGCCAGAUCUUAUACGUGUGCCUUCUGCAAGAGGGGAUUCUCAAAUGCUCAAGCCCUAGGAGGUCACAUGAACAUCCAUAGGAGAGACAGAGCAAAGCUGAAACAAUCAUCUGAAGAAAACUUGCUUUCUCUGGACAUCUCAGUCAAGAACCCUAGUACUUGUACUUCUGAUGAUGACCAGCCUCCUCCUCAUAAUAAGCCUUCUAAUUCGGAAGACAAGGGUUUGUUUCAGUGGGAUUCUGAAUCACUUCCCAGUAAUCCCUUGCUUGCCGGCAAUGAUAAUGAGAACAUUGAAAUAGAUCUUGAGCUUCGGUUAGGUCAUCAGCCGCAUGACGCCUCAACUUUGAGCACCAGAGAAUUUUUUUGA